AUGGCCAAGAUCAAGUCUAUCGAACAUUUCCGUGUCAAGCCUCGCUGGCUGUUUGUUAAAGUCACCGAUGAUGAGGGGCGCUUCGGUUGGGGAGAGGGCACAUUGGAAGGACAUUCUCUUGCAGUCGAAGGCGCACUUGAUGAGAUUAUCACUCGAAUUAUUGGAUACGAAGCAGAUGACAUUGAGCACAUUUGGCAGACAGUAUGGCGACUCGGUUUCUACCGCGGGGGGCCCGUUUUCAUGUCAGCUCUAUCGGGAAUUGACAUCGCCUUGUGGGAUCUAAAGGGCCGAAAGCUGGGUGUCCCCGUACACCAGCUCUUGGGCGGAAAGGUACGCCAGAAGGUGCAGGUUUAUGCAUGGAUUGGAGGUGAUCGACCAAGUGAUGUUGAGGCUGCAGCGAAGGAGCGAAUCGCCCAAGGCCUCAAGUGCAUCAAGAUGAAUGCCACCGAAGAUGUCAACUGGCUAGAUUCACCCGCCGUUUUACAGUCCUGCGUGGAACGAUUGAAGCAGGUGAAGGCUCUGGGUCUUGAUGCCGGUCUGGACUUCCACGGUCGCUUACACAGACCUAUGGCUAAGCAGCUGGCCAAGGCACUGGAACCUUACCAACCUCUGUUUAUUGAGGAGCCUCUGCUGUGCGAACAUCCUGAAGCGAUCAAGCAACUUUCCGAGCAGACUACAAUUCCCAUUGCAUUUGGCGAGCGUUUAUACUCCAGGUGGGACAUUAAGAGAUUCUUAGAGGAUUCCUCGGUCGAUAUUCUACAGCCUGAUAUUGCCCAUGCAGGAGGUAUUUCUGAAACUAAGCGUAUUGCAAACAUGGCUGAAGCCUACGACGUUGCUAUUGCGCCUCAUUGUCCUUUGGGUCCGAUCGCUUUGGCAGCCUCCCUCCAGGUGGCCGUGUCUAUACCAAAUUUUGUCAUCCAAGAGAUGUCGCUGGGCAUGCACUACAAUACUGAAGCUGGGGAUAUUGAUCUGAACAGUUACUUGGUGGAUAAGACGGUGUUUGAUAUCAAGGAGGGAUAUGUCGCUGCCCCCUGUAUGCCUGGCUUGGGCAUUGAUAUUGACGAAGACUUGGUGCGGAAGAUUAGCAAGGAGACAGAGCCUUGGCAGCCCAAGGAGUUCUUUGGACCGGAUGGAUCUAUUCAGUAUCCUGUCGUCUCUCUGUUCAUUCCUAACGCCGAUCCUCAGUCACUGUUGGGGGAGGUUUUGGCAGAGCAAUCAGCAACAACUACAUAUAGUAUCAAUUGCCCGGCCGGCCGCACCAAUAGCACAGAAUGUGGUAUGGGCCCUGGCCUAUUUUUGACCGCAGCCCCAACUACUGUCGAAUAUCUGAUCAGUGCUGAAGCUGACAACAUAUAUAAUCACGUUGUCUGCGAUAUGACCGAUCUCCCGACCGGAGCUUAUACCUGUACAGAUACUGUCACUGGGAAAGGAGCUAGUACGCCCGGUACCAGCACCUCAACCGUCCCUUGGGACCAGAUCUCGUUACUGCCGGUUACAAUCACUUCCACUGCUGAUGCUGUGGUUGCAACUUUGAGCACCCCCACUACCACUCCUCCAAUUACAACUGCUCCAGAUACGACUCCAAGUACGCCCGCGGCGCCGGGUGGUGAGACAUCGCCGCCUGCUGCCACCGCUAGCCCUACCCCCAUGGCGGGUAUCGCUGGACGGUCAAGGCCGACUAGUCUCGUACUAGCUUGUGCCGUGGUUCAAGGUCUGGUAGGAUUGCUGUAG